GACGGAGGACGGAGCGCUUUGCUUCUCAUAAUUAUACUCCGUGUGAUCGUUAACAUCGUUGUCGAUUAUUAUUGAUACGCAAUUUACUGGUUAUUAUUCACAAUGGGUCGUUACUGCAUUUUGUGUUACAAUCAUGAUAAAGCAGUCUCUUAUCACCGAAUUCCCACAAAUGUGGAAUUGAGAGCGAAGUGGGCUGAGUUUUGUCGAUUGAAGGAAAUUGAGAUAAAGGAUUCCUUUUGUUUAUGCUCGAACCAUUUCAUUACUGAUGAUUUCCUUCCUACAACAUCAAGAAAUAAGUUAUUAAAAAGGGGAGUCAUACCGACAGUUUUCACCGUUAAAAGAAGGAAAAGAUGUUUAAAUAGCAAUGAAACAUCUGCAAAGGGAUCUGAUGCAACAAGUAAUACAACUGUGCUCAUGUCCAGUGAAAGAGAACUAGUCGCACAUGAAAAUAUGGAAGAUUCCUUAAAAAAUAAUGUUGAUGUCAGUGGACAAAAACUAAUUUCAGACAAAAAUAUCAUUAAGGAUUUUUGGAAAAAUGAUAUGGAUAUUGACCAAGUGUUGGCAGAUUCUGUUGCAGAGUCAGUGACUAGCGUACGUUCUUCUAGUCCUCCUCACAUGCCACGGUAUAUUGGCGAUAUACGGACGCCUCAUUUAGCUACACCUCGAAGAGCUAAACGAGCACUUAAUCUAACGAAAGUUAUAGUGAAGAGGCAAAGAAGAAAGAUUUUAAGUUUACAACAAACAACAACUAGAUUGAAAAAGAGAAUUAAUAAUAUUAAAGAACUGGUUAAACAUCUUAAAGAAAAAAAUUUAAUAUCUGAAGAUGCUAUGGAUCAAUUUAAGGUAUAUUUCUGUCAUUCUGCCAAUAAUAGUUCUGCCAAUAAACUGCUUAGUGCCAAUGUUGAUUCAACAGAUUUUUUUCUAUAAGGCGCAUUACUAUUAUUUGUCGUUAAGAUUCCUGAUGGAAGAAAUUUCUACAAAUAACUAUAAAACUCUACAAGAAAUAGAAAUUUGUAUAUACAGAAAUAUUUAUUUUUUGAUAAAAAUAUCUAGGCGGAAGACUGCAAACUAUAUUUUUUAACAGCAAGAAAUUAUUGAAUGUCGUAUUUUAUUACAAUGUACAACUUUGACGUUGUUGAAGCAUAUAGUUAUUUGUAGCAUAUUACAAUUAUUUUACAAUCAUCCCUACAAAAAUCUAUUGUAAUCUACUUAUAAGAAAUUUUAAAAAUUUUUAAUAGUAAUCUGUUUUUACUUUCCUGUACAAAACUAUAUUUUUUAUGGGAAAAUAAAAAUUGAUUAGGAUUUAAAGUUUCAAAAAUUUUUCCCAUAAAAUUCCAUAAAACAUUAGGUUUUUAUGGGACACGUAAAAAAUUUUAAUUUUCUAUGUGUAAUAAAACGGACAAUUGGGUUCUCCAAAUUGUACAUAUGAAUGAAAUAAAAUACUACAAAAAAUUACAGAA